CGAGUCCGGUCUCAAAUGGAGGGCCAUGAUCCAGAACAGUUGAGGAAGCUGUUAAUUGGUGGUCUGAGCUUUGAAACCACAGAUGAUAGCUUAAGAGAACAUUUUGAGAAAUGGGGCACACUCACAGACUGUGUGGUAAUGAGAGAUCCCCAAACAAAAUGUUCCAGGGGCUUUGGUUUUGUGACCUACUCCUGUGUUGAAGAGGUCGAUGCUGCAAUGUGUGCUUGGCCACACAAGGUUGAUGGGUGUGUGGUGGAACCAAAGAGAGCCGUUUCUAGAGAGGAUUCUGUAAAGCCUGGUGCCCAUUUUGUUGGUGGUAUUAAAGCAGAUACAGAAGAAUAUAAUCUGAGAGACUACUUUGAAAAGUAUGGCAAAAUUGAAACCAUAGAAGUUAUAGAAGACAGGCAGAGUGGAAAAAAGAGAGGAUUUGCUUUUGUAACUUUUGAUGAUCAUGACAGAGUUGAUAAAACUGUUGUUCAGAAAUACCACACUAUUAAUGGGCAUAAUUGUGAUGUACAAAAGGCCCUUUCUAAACAAGAAAUGCAGUCUGCUGGGUCACAGCGAGGUCAUAGAGGUGGAUCUGGCAACUUUAUGGGUCAUGGAGGAAACUUUGGAGGUGGUGGAGGUAAUUUUGGUCAUGGUGGAAACUUUGGUAGAGGUGGUGGCAGCCGAGGUAGUUAUGGAGGCGGUGAUGGUGGAUAUAAUGGAUUUGGAGGUGAUGGUGGCAACCACGGUGGUGGACCUGGUUACAGCAGUAGAGGAGGCUAUGGUGGUGGUGGACCAGGCUAUGGAAACCAAGGUGGUGGAUAUGGUGGUGGUGGAGGAGGAUAUGAUGGUUACAAUGAAGGAGGAAAUUUUGGUGGAGGUAACUAUGGUGGUGGUGGGAACUAUAAUGACUUUGGAAAUUAUAGUGGACAACAGCAAUCAAAUUAUGGGCCCAUGAAAGGGGGCAGUUUUGGUGGAAGAAGCUCAGGCAGUCCCUAUGGUGGUGGCUAUGGAUCUGCUGGUGGAAGUGGUGGAUAUGGUAGCAGAAGGUUUAAAAAAAACAGCAGAAAAGGGCUCCAGUUCUGA